AUGAGAACAGCCGGCGCAUUGAUUGACGCUUCGGAACCAUAUCCGGAAGACUCGCUUCAUCGUGCUUCAAAAAUGGUGAAUGCGCCGCAAGUGACACUUUCCACGACAUCUGUGGGAUCGCCACCACACACAGAGCAAUCAGGACUGAUGCGGCUGGAGCACUUGCAGUCAUUACCGCCAGUGUACAUAUCGACCACCUGUGAUGGAUGCAACACCUCAGGAGGAGCGACUGAACAUGGACCGGCGAUAUCUGGAGAAGAUCACGAAUCGCCGUUGAUUGAUGAGGAUGAACGGGAGGUUCUUCUUUCACAAAUUGAAACGUUGCUAGGGGUAUUGGUGCCCUUCAAAGCAACCGCGAGGAUGAAGUCCGUCUUCCAGGAAAAGACUCUGGAUGAUCUGACAAAAUCGGAUGAAGAGUGGCCUGAUGUUGGAUUCGAUGAGAGCUUGGUGACUUCUGCCGUCAGGAAGGGGCAUGUGGGUCAACUUUUGCGUCCGCUCGAAGAGAAUCACCUACGUAUCAAGCUUUUACUCGAGACUCGGUAA